UUCAGGUUAUACUAUGGCCCUUUACAGAGGGUCCCUGGUCCUUGGUACACGAACCUGACGACCAUGGUUUACAUCUUCCACACCCUCCGAGGCAACGGGCCUCGCUAUGUCGACGAACUGCAUAAGAUAUAUGGUCCCGUCUUGCGCUUAGGACCCGACAAAGUCGACACGACUGAGAUCGAGGGCGUCAAGAAGAUCCAUCGCGUCAAGGCCGACUACCUCAAGACGUCCUUCUACCAGGGUGUGCCGCCGGGGAAAGAACACAUGCUGAACACGCAGGACAGGGCUUUCCACCGUCGCCACCGUAAGCUGCUCUCGGCCCCCCUGUCCGAGAACGGUCUCAGGUCCAAGGUGCCCCAGAUCGAGGCGCAAGUCCGCCUGGCUAUCAAGAGGAUGGGCGACGAGAUGCGAACCCGGGGCGCCAUCGACGUCUAUCAGUGGUGGAUGUUCAUGACGACCGACGUCAUCGGGGAGCUUACUUUUGGUGACUCUUUUAAUAUGCUGGAAAGCGGCAAGAUAAACACAUACAUCCAGGAUCUCCAGUUUGCCGGAAAACUGGUCAGCAUCGCCGCCCACUUCCUAGUCCUCACUACCUUCUUGACGCAUACGAGACUGCCCUUUGUGAGCAACAGCUGGAACGAUCGUUCCGAGCGUAUGAGGAGCUAUGCCGAGUCGCAGAUUGGAAAACUCAAGAGCCGUCUCGAGAAUGGACAAGAGGAUGGCGAGAAAUACCUCAUGGGAAGACUGCUUCAAGGUCAGACCGUUGAUGGAGAGGGAUUAUCGGAUAAGGAAAUAUCUGACGAUGCUGAACUCUAUAUUGUUGCUGGUAGCGACACCACAUCCAACUCCCUGACUUACAUUACCUGGGCCCUCUGCAAGAAUUCCAAGCUCCGAGAGAGACUAGUCCAAGAACUCUCGAGUCUUCCAUCAUCAUUCACCGACAGUGACCUCAAGCAGCUCAAAUUCCUGAACCAGUGUAUCCACGAAGGUCUGCGCUGCUACCCUGUCGUGCCGGGAGGACUCUCGCAUUACGUACCCAAGGAAGGGACGUCGUUUGGGGGAUAUUGGGUUCCCGGCGGCGUGACCGUCACGACGCAGAACUGGAGUCUCCAUAGAAAUCCGGAUAUCUUUCCCGAUCCUGAUCGUUUUGAUCCUUCGCGUUGGGACCGGGUUACUCAGGACAUGAAGGAUUCUUGGAUGCCUUUUGGGGGUGGUUCGCGGAAUUGCAUCGGCAUGCAUCUAGCCUAUAUAGAGCUUCGCCUGGGCAUCGCCCAUUUCUUCCGAGCCUUCCCCAACGCCAAGGUGUCUACCCUCGAGGGAAUGUCUGACGAUGAUAUGAAGCUGGCGCUGCAUUUCAUCUCGAGCCCUCAGUAUCAUCGGUGUCUCAUCGAUGCUGCUGCUCAGAGCAGUUGUAGCAGCAUUUGA